AAGUUGCAGGGGAUGACGCGCACGAGCUCAGCGAGCAGCAGCUGGUGUGGUUUAUGGUUAAUAAUGUUUAUCCCGCUCGGUUGAGACGCUUUAUAUGAAAUAAUUAUUACUAAAAGACCAUAAAUCAGUCUCGUUUUUCACGAAAGCCUGAAAGGCAGACAUGGCCGUAGUCCUGCGUUUGCAGGGUCUGACUGUUGAAGCAGGCUCUGAAGAUAUUCGCAAGUUCUUUCAUGGCUUACCCAUCCCCGAAGGAGGUGUCCAUAUAACCGGAGGCAAGCUAGGAGAAGCUUUUAUCAUAUUCAAUACGGAACGAGCUGGACAGUUGGCCAUGCUGCAUUCCGGCGAUGAUCUCAGAGGGUCACCUGUUACCCUUCAUAAAAGCAGCAUGGCUGAGUUUAAGCACAAACUGGAGUUAAAAUUGAGGAAGAGGAAAUGUGCCCCAGCAGACCGUGAACCUUUGUCUCAGACAGCAGCCACAAGAAAGCUGUGCACUGCGCUACAGAGUUUGGUGGCUGCCGUCCAAGAACUGCGGUCUAACAGUCAAAUGAACCAAGCCCAGUCACCACCUGUUAGUAUCGUACCUCAGUUAACGGAUAAGGAUGCAAUCGAAGAGCGUCCAGUAGCGGACAAGACACCACCUGUUAAUAAUCGGGUAAAGCCAACGAAACAAAAUUUGGAGGGGCAACGAGGUGGAGGAAGAGAAGUCAACUCCUGCAAACCAGGGUAUCUUCGGAUUUACGGCCUUCCGAAUACAAUCACCAAAAAGGAGGUCUGCCGGUUCCUUGAAGGACUCAAAGUGGUCGACGUGAUAACAGAUACUUUACAAGGACCAGACGGAUGUUGUCUAGUGAAGAUGGCUAGUUUUAAAGAGGCUGAGGAGGGCCUGAAGUACAGCCAUAGUAGCGAGAAGGACAGCCAUGUUGAGGUCAGACUGGCCCAUGAAAGAAUGUGGGAAAAUGCCAUGGAGCAUCAUGAAAAUUCCUUAUAUUCCACGUUCUCAGAGCAGGACAGAGUCCCUCCAGAUAUGCAUUUGCAUAGGAAUUCUCCGGUUAAGAGACCCUGCUCGUUUUCGGAAUCGCCAAAACGGCGCCGCUCUAACUCUCCGUCUUUUGAUACCGAGUAUUGCGUCAUGGUAAAGAACCUUCCUAAAACUAUUACCAAGACUGAGUUAAGGAACCUGUUCUCAUGUCCUGACGUGCCGAACAGCAAAAUCCUGCAUCUCCUGGACAAGUGGAAGGAACGAACAUCUACUGCCUUUAUAUUGUUUACACAGGCAGAGGAAUAUACCUUAGCCAUGAACAUGAACGGCAGCGUCAUCGGCUCACAAAUCAUUGACGUCUCAUCCAUUACCAAGGAAAAAAUGAAGGACCUCAUGUAUCAGAACAGAUGUGGCGAAUCGGAAAGGUCACAGACUUGCAGCGUGCAAGCUCGGCCUGUUCUACCUUGCAUCUACGCGCGCAAUUUCCCUGCUGCCGUGAGGAAGGCAGAAGUGAAGGACUUUUUCAGGAUGUAUGACAUCAAUGAAGAGGACAUCACGUUGCUUGAGGAUGAAAACGGUGAGAGGAUCGGUGAGGCUGUCAUUCAGUUUGGAUGUGAAGAACGUGCCAGAAAGGCUCGCAGUCUACAUGGAGAACGCUUCAGGGAAGAUCAAAUUCUGCUUACCUGCAUUUCAACACAACAAAUGAAGAAUAUCUUGCACAAAACUCGAUGAGGAUUGUGGAACUCCUUCAGUCAUUCUAUUUGUUUAUAUACAGAACAAGCACUUACGACUUACUCAAAUUGUUCUAGAGCCAUUCAAAUAAUUGGUGGAUGUAUAAAAUGCACAUUGCAUGGAGCAGAAAUCAUGGUACAUCUGAAAUCUGUAGUGAUGACUGGUAUUGCUCUAGCAUUGUACUGUAAAAUUUCAUAACUGUUAUUGAAAAGACAAUCAAUAUGCCUGUAUAAUGCUGUUUGCACAAUAAACCCAAGUGUCUCAUUA